AUGGUGGAACCAACCGAGUCAGAACAGGAGCAGAGCUCUGAAGGUACUACAAUUACAGCUAAAGCUUGAAAUUAUAUGAUAUUGUCAGCCAUGUGUGACGUAUUAAGAUUUCAAAUUGUGAAUUGAGAUUGUUCGUUUCUUGGGUGGACUCCCGAUAUUUUGCGUUCCACGUUCAAAAAUCAAAGUAAUUCAUUAAAUCUAUUUUACCAGAUAGCUGAUGUUGUAGAGAUCGUUUCAAUAUGCGCGAUUGAGGAAAACUUGCCAGGUUAUUUAUCGGUUGUAUUUUCAGAGGUGUGUUUCGAACCAGUAAGCGUGUAGCUUUCAUUGCUAAAUUGUUUAUUUCAACUUGAUAAGGAUAUUUCCAAUUCCCACCGUUUAAAAUGUGUGCUUUGUCGAUUCACGAAUUGAGGGUUUUGCAAAUUUGAUCAAUGUUAGAUGGACAUCGUUUAUUAAUUGUAGUUCAACUGUUAAUUUCCAACUAUAAAACCUAAAAUGCUGUUAAUUGCUUUAUGCUAUCAAAUAAUAAUUUCAAAGCAAUGUCGUCGGAUUUACUGUCUCGAUGGACGAAAUUUCUUAUAAGGGAUAUGAUACGGCUUAUGUUUUAAUUUACGGAAGUUUUUUUUCCCACUUUUAAAUUGCUUGUGGUUAUCCUCAGAAGGCAGUAUUUACAAAGGAUGGUCAGUCGGUUUUGGUCUUAAUAAAAACAGAAAAUAGUUAUUCAUCAAUAAAUAUAAUUACUAUCAAAUGUCUAGAUUAAAUUUAUUUUGGUCAAGGAGCUUCAUAUUUUAAAGCCUUAGCAGUUUCUUUGCUUGAUUCGAAUUUAAGUUACUUUUUCAUGGCAAAAUUCUUAACACACGAGUUUAACAUUGCACCUCAAUUUGAGAUAUAUGUAUAAUAUAUCAUUAUUUGUGGUUGUGAACUGUACCUUGCAAUUUUAAACUGCAGAUAACAAUGUAACAAAUCACUUUUUAUUGAGUUAUCUCAGACAAUUCUGAAAAGUCAGUAAUUCAAUGAGAAAGGGCAUGUUUAUGUUUUGUAUUCACAAAUGUUGGAUUAAAUUUCACCAGACUUUAUGAUUUUAAACCAUGUGACAAGAUCAUGAUUAUAGCUUUGUGCCAAAGUCAGAUUGAAAAGUGGUGUUCAGAGAACAUUCCUCAAGUUGCAACAUCCAUUAAAUGAACCCUUAAAAUUUUAUAAGUGACAAAGACAGAAUUUCUCCUUACAAUAUCAAACAGACAAGCAAGGGGAAUAAAUGCAAAUAUAAAUUAUGGGAUUUUUAGUUGAUCAAUCCAAUAGCAAAUUAUCUGAACUAACAUCACGAGAAUUGUAAGCCAGACAGUAAGGAGAGUUAUUGAUGAGAUCCUGAGAGUGAAAGGGUGAAAGUAUCUCCACAUGCCUGCAUUUCAAACUAAAUUUACUUGAAUGUGGUGAUAGUGGUGGACAGAAAAGUGAAAAAGAUCCGAUUGUUGUGUAUCAACAAAAUGCACUUUGAUAAUGUUUACCCAGUGAUGGUUUGUACGAGAUUCCAAUAUCUGACUGGUACAUUUAAUUCUCAUUUUUUAGUGCUUUGUAUUUCAGUUUCUAUUAUCUUGCCAAAAAAAAAAAUCACUAUUAAUAAUAGAUACUGAGACCCAACAGUGUCAGUAGAAUUAUGUAAAUGUUUAGAGAUACAGUCCAUUGGGAUGGGUCUAGUUUACUCAAUUUAAGUGCCAACCAGCUGGUAUUCAACUCUCUUAACCUUUAACUCCCCCAUCAAAAUUGUAAUUCUUCUUACUGUCAAUCAUACAAUUGUUAUAAUGUUAGUUCAGAGAAUUUAGCAUUGGAUCAAUUAAUUAUCCCCCAGCAAAUUGAUAUUUGUCUUUAUUCUCAUCACUUAUCUGGUUGAUAUUGUAUUGAUAUUGUAGGGAAAAAUUCUGUCUUGGUCACUCAUGGGAGUUAAAGGGUUAAAAGAAAGGAUGAAGAAAUGUUAUGGAACAUAGAAUACACAAUCUAGACCCAACCGCCCUAAUCUACCCAGUUUCAAUCUUAUUGUCUCAAUACAUAUAUACAACCCUUUACACCCCAAUAUCAGGAUGCACAUUCUCUAUACUGCUCUUUAUACAUUUGUUGUAAUAUUAAUAAGGAGAAUUUGUUUGACAAUCAAGAGCUGUUUUAGUUGGUGAUCAUUUUCUCUAUUUGCAUGACUGUGAGGUUUGAUUCAGCUGUGAUACUGUGAAGAGAAAUAUAAUGCUUGUCACUCCUAGGGAUCAACCCUUUACACCCUAACAUCAGUUUGCAUAUUCUCUGAACUGUUCUCUAUACAUUUACUAAGGUGCUGACAAGGAGAAUUUGUUUAACAAUCAAGGGUUUCUUUGGGUGGUGAUCAUUUUCAUUAUUCUCAUGACAUUAAUGUGUGAUUCAAGGGUGAUAUUGUAAGGAGAAAUUAGAUGCUAGUCACCCUUAGGGGUUAAAGGAUUAAAAGACUGAUUGGGUGCCUAUUAAAUGCAUUUUACAUGCACUUGCAUGUAUUUUGCACUACAUGCAUUCAUGUAUAGUGACAGGCAGUGUGUAUGUUUGCAUUUUUAGUGCUUAGGGAUUGCAAGCUUGUUACUGAUAAGAAUAUGUAAUGCUUUAAUACACAUGAGCAAUGUUGUGUAAAGAUGUAGCUUGGGGCAGUUGUUAUUUCUGGUGAAAUGAAAAGGCAUCGUGGCCCAAAAUUUUAAGAUCAUCUUUCUUUGUAACAUUACUGUGAUUUCUGAAAAAAGGAAUGUUGUUUUCACAAUUAAUUGUGAAUUUGAUUUUCAGAGCUCAACACUGACCUUAUUUCACCCUAAGAUUUCAAAACAAAUGUCAUUUUUAUUUAAUUAACAAUCCUAGAUGCUUUAGGAUAAACUUUUUUCAAAGUAGCCACUUGGCUGUGUCUUAAACUUUAAAGGUUUAAGGAUGAAAUGGUAGCUCGAAAUAAAGGUUUAUUACCAGUCAGAAUAGGAAAUGAAAUGUGAGUAACUGUCUUGGAGGUUCUUGAAAGAAAACAACAAAAGACAAAUGAUAACAUUAUGCAAAUGUUCAAAUAAUCUUAGUUCUAAUUUUGACCAUGAAAACUAUGUGAUAAAACAUCUGUCCUUUCUGUUUCAUCAAUGAUACUUUUAGGGAACAACUAACAUUGUCCUAGAGAGGCAUUACUGUUCCUUUUCCUCUACAGCAUUGUAAAAACUUUCAAAAGUUUUUGACAAUAAAUCAUGAUUUUUAUUUGACUCUUCAGGCAGACUGAAUUUGAAUUUGCAAUUGAAUUUGGUGGGGAAAAUAUUUUGACCUCUGUCAACUGGAGUGCAUUUUAAGUCAUAGCCUCAGAAAUUGCAAAAGUGCCAAGAAUUUUGGUUUUUCAAAUAAAGUAUGGGUUUAUUUUUCUGUUUUCAAUUUUAUUCUUUGAUGUAUUUUCCCUUUCCAAAGACAUAGACGUGUAUCAAAGUAGACAGGCUUCAGACUCUUUUGGCCAAUUUUUUACACAAAGUUUUGCUCAAACCACAGUUUUGUACAAUCAGUGAGCAUCAGUCUUUGUCUAUAAGAGGGUUGAUUUAAUUAGAUAGGUGUCCUUUGAUUGUUAGCUUUUGGCCCGUUUGACACUGUUCUCAUAUUAUGAAUAAAUGUUCAGACAAAAGGUUAAUAACCCUUUAACUCCCAAGAUCUCAUUGCUAAUUCUCCUUACUGUCUAUAAAACAGUUCUUGUGAUGUUAGUUUGGAGAAUUUGGUAUUCAAUCAACUAAUAAUCCCCUAAUUGAUAUUUCUUUUUUCUCAUCACUUAUCUUCCUUGUAAUGUCUUGAUAUUGUAAGAGAAAUUCUGUCUUGGUCACUCAUGGGAGUUAAAGGGUUAAGCUAAAUUGAGGAUUUUUUAGGAUGCGCUUUUGUGAAACAACAACCAAACUUUUUAAAAAUAGCCAGCCUUUAGUAUCCUGGACCCUCAGUGACAGCCCUGAUUUACAUAUUUGAGAUUUUUUUUUUUGUUAUUUUUUUCUAGAAAAAACACUAUCAGGUUGUACAUAAAUAUUUUGAUAGAAUCUAGAUAUACUUUACAAGCAAUAACAUCCAAACUUUAAUUUUUUCACAAAUGUUGCUUUACACUAUCUAGAUGGAGAUAAGUUGUUGUAAUUUUUUUAUUGAAUAUAACUUAUGUGUGAUUCACUUGUUUCCAUAGCAGUGCAGACUGUGCUGAAGUCGCUUGAUGAUCCAAAAACAGCUGGACUUAUCCUUGAAGAACAAGCGAAUGCUUUGAAGAGUAUUCUAGGAGAUCCCUCUGUGCUGAAACUUGUCAGGGUGAAUGUUACAUUUAGUUUUUGUUUGUGUUACAUGUCUGCAUGUUAUAAGUGGAGAAGAAGUGAAACAUAACAUAAAUAAACCAGGAAGGUUUUUUUAAGUUUGGCUGUGUUUAUGGCACAAAGGCUUGUUGACCAAGAAAAUCAAUGAAACAAAUUAUUCCAAUUAACCCUUUAACUCCCAUGAGUGACCAAGACAGAAUUUCUCCUAACAAUAUCAAUACAAUAUCAAGCAGACAAGUGAUGAGAAUAAAGGAAAAUAUCAAUGUGAGAAUAAUAAGUUGAUCCAAUACUAAAUUCUCUGAACUAACAUUAUAAGAAUUGUAUGGUUGACUGUAAAGAGAAUUACAAAUUUGAUCUGGUAGUCAAAUGGUUAAAAUAGGGAUUAAAAUGCCAACUGGUAAGAGGUGAGUAAUUUAACUUGCUUGCUUGAUUCUCAAGACCUGACCUGUUCAUUCCUUGCUUAAAUAAAGUGGCUAGUAUUACAAGUGUAAUUUAUUUUUGAGAUCCAUACACUGUUUAUGUUUCUAUAACAUUGUUUUCAUAUUAAACUUUUUCUAGGCACAUGACAAACUUGAAGAGGGUCGCAAGCAAGUUGAGACUCCAAACACAGCAGAGCUUGCAAGGGAGGUGAGUUUGGUAUUUUGUACUGUUGAACAUAAUGAUAUUAAUGAUAUGCAAAGAAAUUAAUUUUAAUGCCUUUAUUUACUUGAAGUUAUAAUUUAGUGAUAAUAAAGAUUUUAUGCCUCCUUUUUUUCUCUCUUGUAUACUCUCAAAACCAUACAAUUUCAUCUCCAUUAACUAAUCAGAUCACAGGAUUCAGAGGAUUGCAGAGCGAGCCAUGUAAUUAAUAUGUUGACUGUUAUUUCAGGUUACCACAGAACUUGAGCCACAAGUAGCAAAUGAUGAUAGUGCAGCUGAGUUGUCUGGUCUCCUGCAAGAGCCUCAUUUCAUGGUAUGAACAUCUAUAAUGUAAAUCUUGCUUCCUUGAAUUUUUCAUUAAUGCAAUGUGAUCUUUUAGUUUAGUUUUACUAAUUUAAUUUUUAUAUAUUCACUCCAUGUGCUGUACAAUCAAUUGAGUGUAAUCAAUAAAAAAAUUGAUGCUUUAACUCCCAAGAUCUGAUUGUUAAUUCUCCCCUCCAGCUGCUACAGAUUUCCUGUUAAUUUGUUACAAGAAUUUGGUGUUAGAUGAAGAUAAAAACUUCUACCUGAUUAGUUUGAGUAUUCUCAUUACCUGUGUGCAGGAAAAUGUAUGGAUAUUAUAGGGAGAAGUUACAUUUUAAUCAUUUCUGCAGGUUAAAGGGUUAAGUAAAGAAGACUGAGAUAAUUUUUGAAGAUUAUUUCUUUAAUAGGUUAGCUAAUUAUGGGCUGCUAUGUCGAAGUUUUUCUGUAAGAAUUAAUAGAUCACAUCACUAAAUCGGUGUUUCAUUGCCAGGCAUUAUUGGAAGUUCAUGAUAAUGUCGCAUUCAAGAAGUACGCAUCACCACCUGCUUCUCCUGGACCGACUGACGAGGCUGGUACUAUGAAUGGCUUUGGUGGGCAACCCAUCAGAAUGGUUGGCUUACAUAAGCAGCCUAAGAAACCACUGGUUUGUCCAGAUUUAUUAUUCUUUUGUAGAAAUUUAUCCAAAAAAAUUGCCUCAGCUUUAAAUCGCAAAGCCAACAAACCUAUAAGGUGGCAUGAAGACUUGUUGGAAAUAUUGCAAUUUCAGAUGAUUCUCAUGUUAAUUUGUUUGUUAUGCAAUUACACUGAUUUGAAAGUCCAGAAGAUUUUAAAGAUUGACAUAAAAACUAAAAGUCGAAGAGGAACAUGGUCACCAAAAUUAAGGGUAAUCGUCAUGGACUGUAUAAAAUUGAGCAUGACACGCUAAGAUUAUGUACAUGGCUCAAAGUGCCAUUGUCAAUACUAAGAAAUUAUCACAACCCUUUUUUUUGUCCUUUGCAGCAGACAUACUUGUCUGUUUUUUAGAAUACAGCCAACAACAUGGUGUAAUUGUUGAUUCAAGGAUGGUCGUUCUCUUUGAAUAUGAAUAGCCUCUUUUAUCUCAAGUUGAAAACCGGCAGAGGCAUGAUCUAGUUGUUUUUAGAAUCAACAAUUACACCAUGUAAAUCUAAAACUAUCCUUUUAAUUCUCACACUUUCAUGCUUUACCUCUUUUCUUGUUGUCACUAUUCAUCAUAAUUAGCAUUGUUCUACUUACCAUAUAAUUCAACUUCCAAUGCUUUGUACAGUAAUUAACUGAAGAUGACAAAAGUUUCUGUCAAAACAUGUUUUACAGACUCAAGAGUUUUUUCACUUUCUUUAAAGUUAAUUUUAUUAUUAUUACUGUUUAUCAUUAUUACUGUUUAUCAUUAUUACUGUUUAUCAUCAUUAUUGGAGAAUAGAUUGUAGGAUUUUCCAUCAUAGUCAUUGUUUUUGUUAAUAUUGUUAUUGUCAUUAUUAUUAUUAUUAUUAUUAUUAUUAUUAUUAUUAUUAUUUUAUCAACACCCAUGUCAUUUUUUUGUUAUUAAGGGGAUGACAUUAGUUGUAGAGAAAGGAGAACUUGUUGUUGCAAGGAUUAUUCAUGGAGGGAUGAUUGACAGACAAGGUAAACAAAUUAAGGAGAUUUCAAUUUACCAAGUAGGCCUUGGUGAGCUUCUUCAUUCCUAAUGCUUCCCGACAGGAGGCUCAUUGAAGAAGGGGGACUUAGUAGAGAUUGUAAGCAUAUUAAAAACUGGGUCUUGGCUAGAAUACAAUUCAUUAUUUUUCUACAUAACUGUCACUCAGGUUAAAUGAUUAUCAUUUGCGAAAAAACAUUCAUUUUAUGUAACCUUCAGAAAUUGCAUGAAAUUUUUGUUUCACUUUAAGGGCUUCUUCAUGUUGGAGACAGAAUUAAGGAAGUGAAUGGAAGAGACAUGAGUGGAAAUCCUAAAGAACUUCAAGAUUUAUUGGUGAGUCUUACAGCUUGAUAACAGAAAAGUAAGUUUUAUUAGUUAACAGUUUGAAAAAUUGAGAGAUAUUUGUUUUGGAGUUACCUUAUGUUGUUGUUGUAAGUCCCAGCUGAAUUUAAUUUUUUUUUUCUAAGCGUGAAUCCACAGGAAAAAUCUUUCUGAAAGUUAUUCCAACUAGUCUGGAGGCACCAGCUUUGAGCCAGGUAAACAACUUAUUUACUAACUUGUGGUGUAAUUGUCAUAAACGAGUUAUUUGUAUGGUGCCAGUAGUAGUUGACACCUUUAAAGAGAGUCUGUUCUUAGUUUGUGAAACCAGCUUUCUAGAGUCAGUUCUUGAAAAGAGUUAUUGCUGUAGGUUAGUGAUUGUACAGAGUCCCAGUCAGUAGUGUGGUUCAUAGCUUGAUUGAUGAUGUUUAGCGAUGUGAUUGUUGGCAUCGCCAAAUCUAGCUGCUGCCUUGCACUCAGUCAGUCUUUCUGUGAGGUUCCUGCCAGUCUCUCUGAUUUAGGAGACUUGGCAGUUGGAGCACUUGAUCCUAUGAACCACUCCCCGUCUGUUCUUCCUAACCCUUUAACUCCCACAAGUGAUUAUCAUGUAACUUCUUCCUAUAGUAUCUGUACAUUAUCUUGCAAACAAGUAGUGAGAUUACUCAAACUUAUCAGGUACAAGAUGUUAUCUUGAUUGAACACCAAAUUCUCCUAACCAAUUUACAAAGAAAUUUGUAUCAGCUAGAAGAGAGAAUUAACAAUCAGAUCUUGGGAGUUAAAGAGUUAAUUAUAUUAGUGCUCUAAAAUUGAAUAACUUGAUUAAAUCAUUUGUACAGGUAUUUGUUCGGGCUCACUUUGACUAUGACCCAGAGAAGGACAAAAUAAUUCCCUGCAAAGAUGCUGGCUUGUCAUUCAAAAUUGGUGAUGUGCUACAGAUUGUCGAACAGGAGGAUCCCAAUUGGUGGCAGGUACCCUUAACCCUUUCAGUGUAAUGAUCUAAAGAUAAAUUCUCUGCACUGUUUCCCAUACAUCUCUUAAAAUGUUAGCCUUGAGAAUUUAGAGUUAAAUCAGUUGACAUCCCCUUGUUGACAUUUUUCUUUCUUUACACCAUCUCUCUGUUUGAAAGAUUUAUUAGUCUUAACUCUUGAACCCCUUAGCAUGACUAGCAUAUAAUUUCUCCUUACAAUAUCACCCUUGAAUCACACAUUAAUGUCAUGAGAAUAAAGAAAAUCACUACCAGUCAAAGAAGCUCUUGAUUGUUAUACAAAUUCUCCUUGUCAGCACCUCGGGAAAUGUUUAGAGAACAGUAAGGAGAAUAUGCAAACUGAUGUUAGGCUGUAAAGGAGGCUUUAGGCCAGUUUCCUGUUUCCUUCAUGUUGUGAACUAAAGAUUGGGUUGAAAAGAUGAUAUUCUUUUACAUGCACAGUAGUUCACAGACAACCUUGUAACCAAUGCUGUCUAGUUUUCAACAAUGUUCACAUUCCUUUUAAGUUUAAAAAAAACCUGAUACUGUAGUCUAUGGGCAACACAAUCUUGUUAACUUCAAAUUUCAGGCUAAGAGGACUGAUGGCACAGACGAAGCAGGGAUUAUUCCCAGCCAAAUUUGCGAGGAAAGGUAAUUGGUACUUAUUUAAUUCAAUGUGCUUUUUCCAAUCUCAAUCCGUUCCAAAAAUACCGCUCAAUAACAUCUUUUAGUGUGGAUUGGCCUCGAACAAUACGACUUGUGUGUGUGUGUGUCUGUAAGUAUUUUGAGCGUUUGCACCAUGAAGCUUCAGAUAAUCGUAAACCAAAAACCUUGCAUCUCCAUCAUCAAAACAACAACCCCAGGAAAAAUAAGAAAUGGCUGACAAAAGAGUUUUAUAGGCAAAAAUUUCGUGGUUCGUCAUGUGACCCGGCCCUGUCCGUACAUUACAACGUCAAUCGUCAUCAAGAUAACACACGUGAUCAGCAUGUGAACGCCUUCACCCUCACUGGAUCACAGUUAGUUGUCAUGGUGUUAAGGGCCCAAUGACCACUCAAUUUUUCCAUAGCGGAGGAAAAAAAAAAAAUCGACAAAAAUUAAAAACAUAAAACCAUGAUUGAGACAAAACCUCCAUAAGCCAAAAUUGACUGAAAAAAAACAUCAUCUCUUUGCAAUAUCUUGCAACAUUUGCAAUAUUUAACUAAUUAGUAUCAUUAUCACCAUGAUGUAUUAGCAUCUUCCAAAGUAACAUUAAUUUUACACAAAUUCAAGACAACAGUGUGGUUGAGCAAGUAGACAUGCAAGAAGCCAUCAGGCAUCGGUUGUUCAAAGGUUGGAUAACGCUAAUCACUGGAUAAAUCGCUAUCCAGUGGAUGGCGCAGUACGUUUUCUUGAAAGUUAUCCUCUGGAUAGUGAUUUAUCUGUUGGGUAGCAUUAUCCACUCUUUGAACAACUGGGCUCAAGCUUGUAAUCGAGACCACUUUGGUUGUCCAUAUCUUUGAAAUUAGGCUGUGCGGCUUGCUGGUUUCAGGCUGUUUUCAUUAAAAAUUCCAUCAUCUUGUUGGAGUGUAGAGAAGCUAGUCGAACCAGUGACCAUUUUUGGGAGAGAAUUCCAAAUGUUAGGAAUGUUAGUUAGUAGAGUAUUGUAUACUGCUUCAAUAACAAUUGGCAAUUUUUUUGUCAUAACUGUGAAUUUGACUCUUUGUAUCUUUGAUGGUUUCCAGGAGAAGAUCGUUUGUCAAGAAGGAUAGACCUGGUAGUGGAUUCUGUAAGUGUUUCUCGCUCUGAGUAGUUGCGUGUACUUGUAUAGGUACAAGCAUAUACUAGAAGGACAACAAAUAUUUUUUGUUCAGUGUUAGGAUGUAAGGAAGUGAAACAGAGAAGGACCGAAAGCUCUGAAAAAGAAAUUGACUGGAAAUGCUUGUUACUUCCAUUUUCAGUGUGUGGUAGCAAAAAGAAGCAGAAGAUAAUGUACAAGUCUGCAAAAAAUGCUGGUGAGUUGUGAAGGCUGCAUUGCUACGAUACGUUACAAUUUCUUCAAUUUGCUGUUGAGAUAGUCUUUUCUUCUUACCUGUUUGUAAGGUAACAUAUUGGAAUCACAUCGAGAAAUUACAAAUUGAUCACGUCUGGGGUCAAAAGGUUAAGAUGCCUGAUAGUUAACGGAUCGUGAUCACGUUUCAGGGAUAUUUAUGUUGUUCACGGUUUUCUGAGUUUUAAGGUAACUUUAUAUUCAUCACUCAGUUAUAUUACCAUCCAAUUUGUAUCGCCAAGCCAGUAUCAAAUUCUUUCCACUCUUCAACAGAUUUCGAUAGACACGAAAUGAUUAUAUAUGAAGAAGUUGCCAAGAUGCCACCUUUCCACCGCAAGACUCUAGUACUUGUUGGUAAGGAAACACCUUUAAAAUACACGACACUUCGAAUAAUUAAGUUUACAAAAUGAAUUACAUCUUUACCGCCGUCUGUUUAGCUUGUGUGCAGGCUCUCGUGUUUGGGUUCCGCCCUGCGGCACAGCUGCUUAUUUCACCAUCAGCAGCCGCUUAUGGAAAAACUGAUUAUGGAAAUCCCUAAUCAAUGUGUCUUUUGUGAGGAGAGGCACGAACUUGAAACCCUAAGCUAAUUCUUGCAGCUUGCCCUUUGCAUAAACGUACUGUAAUUUUAAAUCUCCGGCGCUAAUUCCAAACUACAGAUUUAACCACAAAUUAUACUCUCAUUCUGAAACCUGUGUAAAUCUUAUAGGUGCUCAAGGUGUGGGUCGAAGAACAUUGAAAAACAGGAUCAUCCUGUCUGACAGGGCAAGAUUUGGUACUACAAUACCCCGUGAGUACCACUUUAAUGACUUCUAAGUACAGCUACGAGCUCAGCAGAUGUUCUAGUGUAACAACCGUGGUAUUACCAUUAGGUUCCACUGGAUUUGCUAGAUAUUGAAAUUUUCAAUUGAGUGUCAAAAAUAAUUCGGGAUUGUUUUGUUUUUGCAUCACUUCGCUCGGUGUUUGGUCCAGAAAACUCGGAUCACUAACUCAACCGAUCUGAUACAUAACGAAAAAAACCAAUCGUUACUUGGUCGCUCGCGUUUUCCUGCGCUUUGGACAGGUUGGUCGGUUUCAACUUUGAGCUCCCUUUGGCUUUUAAAGAUAUUUUCCUUUUGUCUGAUUGGUCGUUGUAAUAACUUUGGUUUCGUUUUACUACACUCAAUCGAAAAGUUCUCUAUAUGCAGUGUACUUUUACGGUCAAUUACCCAAACCCCUUUGAACUCGUAGUCAGGUUCUCUUUGGGUCUUUCAUUCCUAACAUUCCUAAUAUUCAUCAUUGGGUCAUUCUAACAUUCCUAACAUUUGGAAUCGUUACAAUGUUACCCUUAAUAACUGAAAUGCCUUUUGUCAAAGUGUAGCACAUUAUUUCUUAGUUAUUGACCAGAAUGAGAACAUAGUUUAAAUUGCAAGAAUUGCUAUGAAACCACUAAAAGAUUGCUUUCCCUCUUAGUAAAAUAGUUUUAAUGAUACAGUUCUAUUGCAAUAACUUGAAUUCUUUAGGAUUUCCAUCAAUAGUUCAAGUUAUGGGAGAUCUACUGUAUGUCUAGAAUUCAUUCAUUCUUAUGUGUCGAACAACCUCUCGCCUACUCGUUUAAAAUGUCUCCGCGCGUGGGAAGGGCUUGCUCGCUUGUUAAUUUUUUAAGUAUUGUACAUUUUGCCUUUCUAAAUUCAAGCAAUAUCUCUUGUUUUUUUUUGUGCAGACACAACACGUGAGCCACGAGAAGGCGAAGAAAAUGGCAAAGGUUACAACUUUGUAAGCCGAGAAGAAAUGGAGCAAGACAUUAGGGCUGGAAAGUAUCUGGAACAUGGCGACUAUGAGGGAAACUUGUAUGGAACUAAGGUCGACAGUAUUCGUGAAGUCAUGCGCUCAGGGAAAAUGUGUAUUCUGGAUGUUAAUUCUACGGUAAGGAAAAGCAGAAUUUUGAAUCAAUGUAGAGCAAUUUCUAAUUGUGUAUUGAAAACUAAAACCAAAGUAAUCCCAGAACAAAGAUUUACAUUGCCAUAAGCCAAUGAGAACUCAAAGUGAAAACAAACAAACUGCUGGAAGCGCGGGAAAACGCGCAUAUCCAAGUCGCGAUUGUUUUUAAGUUUUGCAUCUGAUUGGUUAAGAGAUUCGCUAACUAGUGUGCAAGACCUGGAGAAAAGACUAGAAAACGAGGAUUGAGUGUCGGCAUUCUUGGGAAGAAUUUAUGCGUCUUUUUCCAAACAGCAACAAGUGAUCAAUUGCAGGAUGAUAUCCAUAUAAGCUAGCUCAGAUGCGAAAAACAAAGCUAUGCUUAUAGGCUAUGAAUCCCGACAAUAACCCUUUACACCCUAACAGCAGUUUGCAUAUUCUCUAUUCUGUUCUUUGUACAUUUCCUUAGGGGUGAAAGGGUUGGAAGUGAUUGUUUCAAAUAAGCUCGACAUACAUGUGCGUCGCUGACUUUUUACGCUACAGAUACUUGCCAACUCUCUGGCUUUCGAAUCAAAAACUUGAUUCUUAAGCCUGCUUUCCAAUUUCUUUCGGCUAAUGAAUUCUGGUUCAUUUUAGGCUCUAAAGAUUCUGAAGACUCCAGAAUUCAUGCCGUUUGUCGUAUUUAUUGCUUCGCCACCCAUUGAUGACCUGAGGAUAAUUCAUAAGCGAGCUACAUCAGAGGGAACUAUCACCAAGAAACAGACGGUAAGCAUGCGACCCGGUCAUUUUAUCACUGGUGAUCGACUAGAGUACUUACUUGUUAAAGGAAACUCUGGAAGUGUGGAGUAAUUUUCGGGCGCCCCACUCCCAGAGUUUCGCGUGGCGCCGAAAAAGAGGGACUUCUCGUGGACUAGAAGAAGUAAAUUCUCUAACACUCGUUGUUGGUUUGCUUGAUUCUUCUUUAAUUUAUUUUCUUCUCAAGUUGUUACAGCGGUGACUAACUCCAAAAUAUCAGGGAAAACUGGAGUCUCCGCUUAUAAAGGUGACACUGCGGAUGACAUUUCUAAGCCGUCAAUCUUCUUGUGUCGUCAUCGUACCAUCUCAACUAGCGAAUCACGCUUGACUACGUAUUAUAGUUCCACAUACUGAGUAUGCACCUUAGGGUUGUUUACGCAGUUAAAAAAUCAAUUUCUACCUUAAUUUUCAUAUCUUUACGGUUGAGAUCGGCCAGAACAGAAACGAGAUCGACAAUAUAAAAAUUACAAAUAACCUUGGUGUAGAGUGUUAUUUAUACCUGAAAGUGUAUCUUAAGAGAAAAUCACCUUUAAAGAUUGUUACAUAACAACAUCUUGGUCACAAGAGUUAAAGAAGAAAGGCGCUCACAAGUACCGCCCCUAAAUUGCUUUUGGUUGCGAAACAUGAGGGGUAUCACCUGUUUACCCUUAAAAUUACCUCUGGGAACACGAAGGUGUCGAGCGCGACCUAUUACCAGGGAGAUUUACUCUUCCUGGACUAACAAAUUAACUUAUUUAAGUACAUGGCUUAUCACGAGUUUCAUGUCAACCUCACGAUCACAACAAAGAAAACGUGAUUAAACUCACUAGGAGAACGUGGCCAAACUCACAAGAAGAACGUGAUCAAACUCAACCUUUAAGAUAAGACCACCAAGAAGGAAUACGAAGUAGUCAACCUGCCCUUUUUAUAACUUACAUUAAAUGACUUAAAAUAAUAUAAUAUUUCCAUUCCUUUUCUUUCCAACACCAAUACAGGAAACCCUUACGAUAUCGUAGAUUAACUAUAAUUGUAAUAUUAUCAUUUAACAAUAUUAAGAGGCAAACAGCUACUGCUCAGAGCUAAUCAUUUAUCAGGAUUUUGUAAAUUUGUAAUUAUAUAAUAUUUGAUUUGUUUUCAGGACGAAGAUCUUCAGAGGACAGCCGAGGAAUCAGAGAAGCUUUUCAACAGCUACUCGCAUUAUUUUGAUAAAGUCAUUGUGAAUGACGACCUUGAUAAAGCCUUGUCUCAACUCAAGGAUUGUAUCGAAGGGCUCAGCUCUGAGCCGCAAUGGGUCCCAGUCAGCUGGGUUUACUGAUUGCCUGAUUGCCUCCCC